AUGGAACUUCCAGCGAUGGACCUCACUCUGGGGUUCCUUUUUCUGGUACUGGUCAGCCUGUCCUGUCAAGACAACAUCAUCACAUGGUGCGUAGUCUCUGAUGCAGAGGAGCAGAAAUGCCUGGAUCUCGCCGGGAAUGUCACAGCCAGAAACAUUCGCGGCAGGCUUCAGUGCACCAGAGGCUCCAACGCCGCUGACUGCAUGGAGAAAAUUAAGAAUGGGACAGCAGACGCUGCCACCAUGGAUGCCGACAAUGUGUAUGCCGCUGGCUGGUGCCAUGGGCUGGAAGUGGCGGCUGGGGAGUCCUACAAUGGAGUGGACGGCAUCAGCUACUACGUGGUGGCCCUGGCGAGGAGGUCCUCGGGUGACCUGUCCCUGCUGGAGAUGCACGAGCGCAGCUCCUGUCACCCCGGGAUCCGCACCACCGUGGGCUGGACCGUGCCCAUUGGCUUUCUGGUCAACUCCUCCCAGAUCAGCGUGGACGAGCUGUGCAACUUCCCCCGCGUGGUGGGGGAUUUUUUCGGAUAUAGCUGUGUGCCGGGAGUGAAGGACCCAGAGCACGACCCCCGAGGGAACAAUCCCAAGAACCUGUGUGAGGCCUGUAUCGGGGACGAGAACGACCGGCACAUCUGCGCCAACAACCCCCACGAAAGACACUUCGGGGAGGCCGGCGCUUUAAGAUGCGUGGCAGAGAACCUGGGAGACGUGGCCUUCGUCAAGCACACAACGGUCUUCGACAACAUGCAUGGUAAAAACAAGGAAUCGUGGGCCAUGGACCUGGAGCUGGAGGACCUAAAGCUGCUGUGCCCGGACGGGGGGGAGGCGGCUCUCUCCGAUCACAAGACGUGCCACCUGGCCUCCGUGCCUGGCAACGCGGUGGUGGUGCGCCUGGAAGACAAGUGCCGGGUCUACAAGUUCCUGGAGCGCGUGCAGACGGCGUUUGGCAACGCCACACAGGGGUUCUCCCUCUUCACCUCCGCCGCCUAUGGGGACACGGAUGUCAUGUUCAGCGACGCCACCCAGAAGCUGCUGAGGGUGGUGGGCAGCUACACGUCGUGGCUGGGGCCCUCCUACACCACUGUGCUGCAGGCCUUUGAAUGCGAAGGUUUGUGCUAGCGGGACCGGGCAGCCUUGACCCCCACUCCCCUCGUCCUUCCC